UCUAUCAUGCUACAGUCUGCUUUCCGAUUCACAAAUAACCGCACGACAUCAAAACGCGGUUCGCGGUUCUGGGAGUUUCAGUAGCCAAGUACCUUUCCAGCGCAUUGGUUUUGCAAGGCUAUAGUUGUGAAGGGUGAAGAAAUGGUUGCGAAAAUCCUUGUGAUCUUGCUGGCGGUUGGGGCGGCAACCCACGCCGAAGAACCUACCCAAGUGGAUGCGCCGGAUGCGCUCGACUUCUCCUACACACGGCUGUGGCGUUACGCACAGCAGCAGUGCAGCCUGAAGGGUAUCACACCGACCGCCUUCACGCACUCCUGGUUGGCGGUACGGCGAUGCCUCAAGGACGCACUGGAUGUGGUGCAGCUGAACACAGACUCGAUGCGGCUAGAUCUUGGCAACCAGGAGGAAAUUCUGGGCCGCCACUGUCCGAACCUGUUCGAGGGUGUUAAGUGCUUCAAUCCCUUCCUGGACAUGGUGAAGGGAUGCGUAACCGAGGAGAGCUUUGAGAUCUUCCAGGCUUUGCACAACUGGUUCCACGACAUUCUGGAGUAUCUUUGCGAGAAAAAUGGCGCCAACAUUGAGUACGAUAAGGAGAAGCAUGACGCCUGCACACGUGAGGUGAAUAAGUACAUCAUUACCUGUGCGGCGGAGAACUUGAUCGCCACUCCGGAGGUUAAUCGUAAAACGCUCUCCGAAGCGAACUGCAAUGCACUCGCAACCGCCAAGGAUUGUCUGUUGGAAAAGCUGAAGAGCUGUGGCGUCUUUGCGAACGGAGCGCGGCUGUUCUACGAAAACUUCAUACAGAUAACGUCGUGCAAAAAUUACAACGGCACAGUACGGAGUGCGGCACGAAAAUAA